AUGGCGCACGUUAUGGAUUAUCGUCGAUACUCGAUUGGAAUACCCACUCCACCAGCUGCUCGAGCUGCGCCAACUUACUACACUUACAAGGACCCAUACCCUGCGACAGAGAACCAUCCACACGCAGUCCAGAUAGAGACCAAAACGGACUGGCCAAAAUCGUAUAGAUACAAUUCUAACCAGAACACAACCCAGGGCAUUCAUCCACCGGGUCCAGUCUACCAAGCCAACCAAGCCCCCGCUGCUUGGUACUACAAUCAGUACUAUGGUGCUCAGCAACCACAACCGCAAUAUCCAUACGGCUAUGGCUACCCUGGCUAUGCUGCCGCUUGGGCCAAUGGUCAGUACUACGGCAUGCCAGCCCCGACCGGUACGAGUUACAACUCUCCUUACUAUUACUAUCAGCCCUCUACCUCUACCUAUCAGUACAACGCCUGGCCUCAACAGGCAUACUCCUACCCAUCCUACCCAAACUACUAUCAGAAACCCAAUUUCUACGCUCAAUACUACAAGAAUUUUCUUUCGCUCCAACCGAACCAAAACCCAUACUCAUACAUGUCAUAUCUAGUUCCCGGUGGACCCUCAAUUCUCCCAACGACAAGCUGCCCCGGCGCCAUGACAGCUCAAGCUGCAAUGGCCGCUGCCACAAACGCCAGUCUCGCAGCCAUGCCUCAGGGUCCCAACUACUUCGUUGGUGGUGGCCCUGCAGACUUUGCGGCUCAACAGGCCUACCUAGUCGCUCAGAUGGGCUUUCCUAAGCCACCGCCAACUCAGCUCGCGCCAUACAAGCCGGCUGAUGGUCAACAGUUCUGGUGCAAGGAGAAAGAUGGAAGUUGGACUUUGAGAACACACUCUGAUAUCCUAAACGGAGAUGUUAGUCCUGGUCAUUGGGAAAGACAUGCGACUUCGGGUUACUUUUACUGGGUUCGAGAUGGUUGA